CUUGUGGCUAGUGUCAAUGUACGAUUAUUAUUUAAGGUAUAACUUUUUCGUCAGUGUUGUUUUGUCGGUUGUUGAGUUCAUACGUGUUUGUUGCGGAUUCAUGAGAACUUGAUUUGUUUUAUAAUAUCAAGCGUGAAGCUGCCGACACCAUGUUAAAGUUUAUGAAACACCAACAAAAAAUUAGUCCAGAACGAAUACAAAAACAAAAGGAAUUAUUCGCAUUCAACAAGGCGUGUUAUCAUGGGUUCCCGGCCAAGCCCUCAGCUUUGGCGUGGGACCCCCUGCUUCGACUCCUGGCCAUAGCCACCAAGAACGGCCAGAUCAGGAUUUAUGGCACACCAGGAGUAGAGUUGUAUGGUCAAGAUGAGAACAGUGAAUCAGCCAUCACUCACCUCAUCUUUCUACAAGGACAGUGUCGUCUAGUGUCUCUAUGUGAGGACAACAGCCUACACUUAUGGCAGCUAAAGCAGUUAGAUGACUCUGGUAGUAUGCAGCUAACCCAGGCCAACUCCACGUCACUUGAGGGAAAGCUGAAAAAAAUAAGUGUAGUCGUAGCGGACAGCAAGUGUGAGCACCUAAUGGUGGGAACUGAAGGGGGCAACAUCUACCUUCUCAACCUGUCAACGUUUGCCAUGUCAGACAACAUCAUCUACCAGGAUGUUGUCAUGCAGAAUGUUCCUGAGGACUACAAAGUGAAUCCUGGUCCAGUUGAAGCCAUUGCUGAACAUCCAACAGAGCCGAACAAAAUUUUGAUAGGUUAUCAGCGUGGCCUGAUAGUUCUCUGGGACAAAAAGAAUCUUUGUGCUGACCAGACAUAUGUGUGUAGUCAGCAGCUUGAGUCUGUGUGCUGGCAUUCAGAUGCAUCACACUUCACAACCUCACACAAUGAUGGCAGCUACAUGGUGUGGUCGGCAACAGAGUCAGCGCAGCCUACUGAUGGACCCCACACUGUAUAUGGGCCUUUUCCCUGCAAACCCAUCACCAAAAUCCUAAGGCCGACCGGAAAGGACGAAGACUUCAUUGUGUUCAGUGGUGGCAUGCCGAGGGCCAGCUACGGUGACCGCAACACUGUAACGGUAAUACUCGGAGAUUAUCACGUGACUUUCAACCUCACCUCUAAAGUUAUUGACUUUGUACUAGUGAAGGAUAGUGAAACUGGACAUGCAAGCUGCCUGGCCAUUCUAGCAGAGGAAGAAGCUGUGUUUAUAGAUCUGGAAACAGAAGAAUGGCCAGCCUUUGCUGCUCCCUACCUGGCAUCUUUACACUCAUCUGCAAUCACAUGUUCUGUAUUGGCAUCUUCAGUGGCAGAAGAUGUGUUUGACAAAAUUAAGGAGGCUGGGUCCAAACAACAGACAGGGCUGUCCACCCGGCCUUGGCCCAUCAAUGGAGGCAAAAUAAAGAACACUGAUGAACCUAAGCAAAGAGAUGUCUUACUGACGGGUCAUGAAGAUGGUACUGUACAGUUCUGGGAUGCCUCUGGAGUUUCUCUGACACUUUUAUACAAGAUACAAACAUCACAACUGUUUGUGUCAGAGGAUCUUGGAGGUGACGGAGCUUCGGCGGAAGAUGAUGAUUGGCCGCCGUUUAGGAAGGCUGGGCUGUUUGACCCAUACAGUGAUGAUCCAAGACUGGGUGUGAAGAAGAUGGAGAUCUGUCCUUAUACUGGAACACUUAUUGUUGCUGGCACAGCUGGACAGGUUCUUGUACUCAACCUGACCAUGGAAGAGAAGGAGAUAGUACCAGAGUGUGUGAAAGUGAACGUGGUAGCUGAGAAUGAUAAUUUUGUCUGGAAGAGUCACAACAAGCUUGACAUGAAGACGGAAGCUGUUAAAUUUGACCCAGGCAUGCAGCCAACAGUAGUAGUGCAGUUCUUCCCCCCAGCCUCAUGCACCUCACUCAACCUACACAGUGAGUGGGGACUUAUAGCAUGUGGCACAGCUCACGGAUUUGCUCUCUUCGACAUAAUACAGAAGAAAAACCUGCUUGCUAAAAGUACUUUAAGUCCUCUAGACAUAGCCAAUGCUGCCGACGAAGGCCCCAUGUCUCGAAGAAAGUCUUUGAAGAAAUCUUUACGCGAGUCAUUUAGACGUUUACGCCGUGGCAGAUCUCAACGUAAAACUGGAAGGCCAGGUCCCACCUCACCCACGAGUACACACCCACAGAGGGUGGACCACGAUAUAAUUAGUGACACCAGCGAUGAGUCACACGAGGAAGAUGACGAACAAUCUAGCACGGGAGGAGGAGGAGGAGCAGCAGCAGCAGUGGAUGAUGAGGGAGUCAAGCCAGUAGAGAGAGCAGUUGAGGCACGUUCACACGCCAGUGACUACAUUGGCUCCAUGGUUCGCUGCCUCCACCUCACUAAGUGUUUCAUCGCUAAUACACAGUUGAUGUCAGCCACAUUAUGGGCCGGCACUAACAGUGGGGCCAUCUUUGUGUUCACCAUUUCCAUCCCACCAUCUGAAAAGCGAGGAGAAGUACCUUUGAGUGUGCAGUUAGGUAAAGAGAUCCACCUGAAGCACGGAGCUCCGGUUAUAAGUGUAUGUAUCCUCGAUGGUGCAAGUAGACCAUUCCCUGAACCAAUGGCCGUCAAGAAGGAGGCCGCUCCAUCACCUAAUAGCAGUUUACCACACAGAGUUUUGAUUUGCUCAGAAGAACAAUUUAAGGUGUUUACUUUACCACAGUUAAAACCAUUCUGCAAGUUCAAACUGACGGCUCAUGAAGGCUCAAGAGUGCGUAAGAUAGGCUAUUCAGACUUUUUAUCUUCAGUCGAUGAAAGUUACCGGGAGCCGUGUUUUGUGGUCAUGACCAAUAUGGGAGAUUAUUCUGUGUAUUCCCUGCCUGAUUGCCGAAGACAAAUGUAUGCAGCGCACAUUAAAAAAGAAGAUAUCAAUGGCAUCAAUAGUGUGGUGUUCAGUAACCGCGGUGAAUCCCUAUACUUGAUGUCUCCCUGUGAACUGGAGCGAGUAUCUCUCUCGGCACGGCACAUAACUCGGCCCACCGGAACAAUUCCCGUCAUAAAACCUCAGCUCGUUAAAGAACCCGAAGAAGAAACAGAGCCAUCAAAAGAAAAGUCAAAUGAAAAUCAGGCAGAGGGUGAUGAUGGUGCUGCCAAUGCUGUUGCUGCUGCCACUGCUGCCACUGCUGCUGCUCCUGAGACCCAAGAAGAGCCUGUUAACCCCCAGGAAAAGGCUGAUAAUGGAUCUAGCAUAGCUGAAAAAGACGAGAAAGUAUCGGGCGACGUUGUAGGUGAGAGUAAUAGAAAGGUGGAGGAAGUGAAGGAGAACGGGGACAACAGUGUCCUCAGUGGAGACAUCACCAUCGACUCAAUCCGUGACCACAUGGAUGAGCUCAAAGUGUCGGAGAAGUCUGUGGAUGUGGCCAGCACCGGGAGCACCACCCUCACCAGUAGUGGCGGCGGUGGGGCUACGGUGAAGCAGGAGAGCAGUAGUGUCACUGUUGUCAAGUCUACCACCAUCACCUCUGUAUCCUCGUCUUCUCAAGAGUCGUCAUCCGUUCAAGUAGUUGAGACGUCCACAACUGAAGUGAACCACAGCACUGUAAAUGGAACUGAGUAACAGUCAGUUAAAAUACGAGCACCGUUAGCUAAGGCAGAAUCCUUCUUCAGUAAAGAACCCAGAAUUAAGAGUGACGAGUAAACUUUAGCAACAGUGAAGAAGAUCCUACACAGGCCAUCCUUCAGUGAAUGGAUUGAUAUAUAGGAUUGUGUAGCAAGGAAGAAACUGUUGCUCUGGGUAGAACAUAUUUCAUCCAGUGGUAUUUAUGGCAUUAGAUUCCUCUCGAGUUCUGAAUUGAGAAUGCAUUUAAGGGCUUGAACAAAAAAAUGAGGUUACAAAUGUUUAUGAUUACAUUUCAAGCUUAUUUUUUGCUGUUAAAGUGAAUCUCUUCAUUUUCAUUAUAUAAUUUUUUUUUUUAUGACUUGUGAAGUGUAUACUUAUGUGUUACGUCAGCACCAUUUAUUCUGUAGAACAUUGGUUUUGAUUCAGAGUGUGUGUGUGUGUGUUUAGUUCUGUUGUUUUACUGAAGGAAUUACAUGCCAUCCAUAUAUAUUAAGUAAAAGGAUAAUUUAUUUCUAUCUUUGAUUAAGUUUCUUAGAAAUAUUUGUUAUAUCAAUUGGCUAUGCAUCAUGAAGUCCCCAGCUGAUCAGUUAAUUUUCUUACUAUUUUUACAUAAUGUGUAGUUUGCACCGCCCGGGUUCUCACGGGAAAUUCUGAGAUGUAGGGUGAGGGCUUCAGGACAGUGUAGCAGCUUAUAGUAUGUUCCCGUAGUCAGGAAAAUCAAAAUAAGUGGUACGUGUUGCUGGCUUUGGCUGCUUGGGUGAACCAUGUUGGCUGCCUCUCUGCUGUCAUAAUAAGACCCUGACUAGGAGUAGUCUCCAGACUUGCGUCUCUUGUCUUUCCGAAAUCCACGAUACUCGGUCUUAGAGUUACAAGCCCGAAGUUAUGUCCCGCUCUUCUUAACUAAUAAAUUAAUGUAUGAAGGAAAGCAUUUGUAGAGAGUUAACUUUGUCAGGUUAGAGCUUUUAUGUAUUACUUUGUUUUAGUUGUAUGAACAUGCACCACGUGUACAAGCACAUGGAGAGCGUUUUAAAUGAGCUUCCUUUGUUUGGAUGUAUAAGAACAAAUAAAAAAUAAUAUAAGUUGAGUCUGAAACAUGUGAUAAAGAUGGUGAGUGAAGAUUAAAGUAUAUGUUAAAAGUAAUGAAUUAAAUUAUCUCUUAUAGAUUAGAGAUUUAUGUGGUAGUGCUUUCAGGCCAUGUACUUAUCCAUAAACAUUAAUGUAUAUUUUUCUAUAUUAGGAGAAUUAAAAGAUAAAGCUUAACACUGUUUGUACUUUUUAUAACAAUAGAAAUAUAGUUGACACAUUAUUUAAACAGGCAGCUCUUUAUUUUCACUGUUGCUCCACAUAUUUUUAUUGGGUGUAGAAAUGUGGCUCUUCUGUUGUGUUAUAUUAGUAUAAGAGAAAAAAAAAUUGUAUUUUCAUUUGGAAUUCUAAUGGAGCUACACAAUAGUCCAGAUGGGUGAUGUAAUGAUAUAUGGCCAAUAUACAAGAACUACCCUGGGUGUUUUGUAAGAAUAUAUUUCAGGACAUUCUAUAUGGCAGGUUAUUUUGGUUUUAAUUGGAGUUCCCAAUUUUUUUUAAUAUUCUUUCAUUUCCAUUUGCAACCAGUACAGGUAGUUGGUACAUCUGUGUGAAGAGUUGAGGUGUCUAUUAUUUUGUAAUGGAAGGUACAGUUGAUGAGUGGACAUAUCCUUCUCAGUUACCUUCUGUACAUUAUGGUAAAUUGUGCAAAAUAUUCCUAAUUUUGUAUGUGAACCUGUAAUUAUGUUGUGUAGUAACCUCAGAUGAUUUUUUACCUUAGGUCCAACCACUGUUCAGUUUAUCCAAGGCCUGUUGUAUCACUUGAGGUGGUGGAAAAUGUUAUCUUAUGGAGCCUUUAAGAGUUGGGAAAAAAUGAUGGGCAUUAGUGUCAUUAUUCCCUUCCUUGUGUUCUCUGUGUGUGGCUUUGGUUUAAAUUGGUGAUCAGGUUGCUUUAUCAGCAUAUGUCUGAUUCUCUUGCUUAUGGAGAACAUUACACAUAAAUGAGUUUGGCAGACACAAUGACCAAAUUGAACUGCUCAAAACUUUGUACAUAACUAUUGUAAGGUUUUUUCUGACUUUGCAAAAUGCCUUUUGUCAUUAUUCUUUUCUGGGCUCUAUAUUUGUGUUUAGUUCAUCUUCUGAAUUCUUAGGAAAUGAAGUUGCAAGAAUUGCUCUCUGAGUAUGAUAGAUGUCAUGAACGUACUCUUGACUGUAUAUUUCACUGCCCCUUCUUCACUUACAAUAAUUGCAGAAAUGACAACAUUCCAAUAACAUUUUGUAUUGUAGUGAUAAUAGUUAGUCUGUGUGUACACUGAUGCCAGUGUGCACUUUAGGAACUGUUCCUUGUAAACAUUAUGAAUAGGUCCAUAUUAUUUGUCUUAGGCCACCUAAUAUUACCUGAGGAAUAAGUUUUUAAGGAUAUGUUUAAGUUGUUGCUGACUUACAUAGUUUACUAGUGGAUUGUGUUUUAAAUAUUUAUGCCAGAUAAAGUUUAAUUUAAUUUUGAGGAAUCUUAAUUGUCUCAAGUUUAAGUUGUGCUUAGAACCAUAUCUUGGCAUUAAGAGCCUCUGCAGUAUCGGGGUUACGGGAGUUUUCUUUCAGGAACUACAUCCUCGUGAACUAUCGUGUGGUAGUGCGAGAAUGUUGCCUCAUUCCCAUAUAUUGCAGCAUUUCACAUUUACUGCUUGACUACUUGAGGUCUUUAACUCUAUUACUCACGAGAACGUCAGCCACAGGUAUAACCUAAUUUGUUUAUGGGAUCUUCUAAAUUUGGCUGAUAUUUUGGCUUGUCAGGGACUUUGAUACAUGUAUUCAAGGAUGGUAAAUGUGAUACUUAUAUAUUAACUUUAUUUCCCUUGCCCGGAGGCUACAAUGUUAUUUAUGCUGUGUUUUGAUCAUGACUGCUGCUAUUUUGGAUCUCACAUAUAUUUCAUACAAUAGCCUCUUGUACUGCUGUGUAGAUCAGUUGUUGCCUUCCAUUUCUACCAGGUCAAUAAAUUUAACAUCUGUU